AUGACAAAGGUGAAGGCGCACGUGUUUUGGAUCACAGCGUGGUUGGCCACUUCUCGCUGCAGAGUAAGGCGAAGCUUGACGCGCUUGGAGUGCGGUUCGGUCCAGAUGAAACCUGCGUCGAUGAGUUUGGCCUUGUUGAGGCCCGGGAUGCUCUUGAGACACAGCGCCAUGAGAUCCUUGGACUCCCAGUCGCAGUCCAUCCAUGCACCCGAGAUGCUGCUGUACUGUUGCGUCUUGCCGCGCGACUGGAAGCGCAAACAGCCGCGGCAUUGCACCAGCUCGCACGUCGUGGUAAUGCCCUCGGCCACAUCCACCUCGGUCGCAAUACACGACGUGCACAUGUUCAUCGCGUUGGCCUCGAUCUGA